AUGCGCGCAGGGGCCAAGCACAGUGCAGUGAAUCGAGUUGUUGCUGCGCUGUCCUCCCACGACCGCGGCCGCACUGCCCCUGCUGACCUGGCGCACAUGCUGGUGGCGGCCGUGGGGGCGCCGGCCCUGGUCAAUGCCAUCGACCUCGGUGCUGCCUUCCUGGUAGACACCCCUCUGCAGGGCCUCUGGCGGGGCCUGCUUGCGCUGGAUCCCAGCGGCGGCCAGGCAGAGGAGGGCGAUGAAGACGUGGCGCUGGAGGCUGCUGGCCACGCGGACAAGAUGUGUGGAAACUGUGGCACCUGCCACACGCGUGUGUGGCGGCACGGGGCCGCGCUCCAGCUGUGCAACGCGUGCGGGAUGUACCUGCAGAAGCACAAUAGCCACCGCCCGGCAGAGCUGAUACGCGCGCACCUGGAGCGCCUCGACAGGGACCGCGCGGCUGCUGACGAGGAGCGACGCACCCUCGAGGCCGCCGCCGCCGCUGGCCUGGCCGAGGGUCCGCUGCCGCACCCGCAGGAGGGGCCCGAGGCGAUGAAGGAGGACGGCACGCCACUGGGCGGCGGCAUGGGCGUGCAGGAACCCAGACAGCGGGCAGGCGAGGAGGAUGACUGUUGGGAGCAGCAGGCUGCAACGGAGCUGGGGCCAGAUGGCUCGCCCAUCCGCCGCUCGUGGCGCCCAAAGGCCGCUCGCCGCAUGGAGGAGGGCUUUGUCGGCGGCGACGAGGUCAACUGGGCCGUAGGGGCCCUCAGAGGACCACUGGUCUCGGGCAACGGCAGCAUUGACGGCGCAGCGCAGCAGCUGGGCUUCGACUGUGCCUUGUAUUAUCAGCCCACGCAGCUGCCGUCUGGCGCUGGCCGCUUGGGCAUGGAGCUGCAGCAGGGGGGCGGGCAGCGGCAGGAUGAGGCCCAGGAAGAAAUCGCGUCCCCAGAGGCGCACCGGGCUGUUGCGGCCCUGCUGGCGCGGUGCUCUCAGGACAGCAGCACUGACGCAACGCCCGAGCUGGCGGCCCAGGGCCUCGUGCGCCUGCGCUCAGACACCACGCCGCCACCAUCGCCCCUCAAAUCAGACGCCGGCCACCGCGGCGCCGGCACCUUUCUGGGCAGCGGCGUCACGUUCGCUCGCAACCCGCACGCCGCCGUGCCUCUGCCGUUUGCGGCGGGCGCGUUCCAUGCCAGCGGCUGGGGCGGGGCUCCUGCAGGCGCUGCCGGCGCAGGGGGUGACACGGGGUCCCGCGCCGCCUCGCCCUCAACGACCCUGCUCACCAACGGCGGCCUGACUCUGGCGGCCGCAGCUGUCGGCGAAGGCCAGCUGCCAGCGCUGCGCGUGCCCGCCGGCGCGCCGCACCGGCUGUCCCUGCAGUCUUCCGCCGACUCCGGCUCUCCACUGGUGGCACAGAUGCGUGCAGCAGCAUCAGGCCUGAGGAUCUCAGACGACACGUCAAGGGACGCCACCCCGGACGGACCCCUCUACGGCGGCGCACUCGCCACCGCAGGCACCGCCGCGCCCGGCGCACCGAGCGGUCCUGGCCUGCGGCCGGCGCACCGCGGGCGGAAGCACAAGCUUCAGGGUAGGCGGCGCUGCGGCGGCGCCGGGGGUGACGAGAGCGACGAGGACUAUGUGCCAGGGUCAGAGGGCAGCGGGGGUGGCGGCGCGGCGGCGCGCCAGAGGGGCCGCAGCAGGGGCUGGAGCUGCGACGUGGGCAGCGAUGGCGAUGAGCUCAUGCGCACGGGCCCCGAGGGUGCCGCCAGGGCCACAGCUGUGGCAGGUGCAGCUGUGGGGCAGCUGGAGCGCGAGAUGGAAGCACCACACAGUGCCCGGGCUGUGAAUGUGGCGCUCCGCAGCGUGGAGGCGCUGCCGCAUUCCCCCAGGAGCGCUGAGAGGCGCAGGUCUGGGCGGCCCAACAGCAAGGAGCCAAAGCCGUCGCUCAAGGGGCCCUGGUGA